CGCGCAAUUGCGUUGAGUGUUUAAUUUUUUAAUGGCUUUAAUUGUUUGGCUUACACGUUAAUACUUAUAAUUAAUUAAACAAAAGUGAAUAAUUAGGUGUAGUGCAACGAGAAUCGUGACUGAUGACAUACAAAAAAAAAUAACAAAUUUUAAGCGCACAUCACACGAAUUUUGUAUGUAAUUUCCAAUUGCGCAGCUUUUGCAAAAAGAGAAAAAAUAGUAGCGCAUUCUAGUACAUUAAUAUAUUACUGAGACAAUCGUCGAACGUAUAUACAUACAUAUAAACAUGACAAACAUGCGCCCCCCGCAGAAAUCCAAACUACUCAAGGUCAUCAUACUGGGGGAUGGGGGCGUGGGCAAAUCAGCGCUACUCACACGCUUCGUAUCCAAUCGCUACGAGGAGAACAAUUUCCAUACGAUUGGCGUUGAGUUCAUGGACAAGGAUAUCGCUGUCGAUGGUGAGAAGUACACACUGCAGAUAUGGGAUACGGCUGGCCAGGAACGCUUUCGCGCACUGCGUACACCCUUCUAUCGCGGCUCGGACAUGUGCCUGCUGUGCUAUGCCUUGGAUGAUCGGGACAGCCUGCGAGGAUUGCGACUCUGGCGCAAUGAGUUUCUCAACUAUGCGGACGUCGAGCCGGACAGAUUCCCCUUCAUUGUGGUGGGCAACAAGAACGACAUUCGAGCGGAGAAACGGCAAGUGAGCUCGGAGGAUGUGCAGAAGUGGUGCACGGAGCAGGGGAUUAGCGCACACAUCGAGACCUCCUCGAAGGCGGCGACAAAUGUGACGGAUGCCUUUGUGCUAGCCCUGCGCCAAUGGAAGAAAAUGGAGUGCAUUGCCGAAGCGGAACAGCGACAGAAUGGCGAGACUAUCAACUUAACGCAGCCCAUUCGACUAAUGCAGCGUCGCAAUUGUUGCAUGGGUGGCGAUGGUGCAACAAAAUCGGCUGACGUCAUCGAUGCAGAUGACGACGAUGAUGGGCGAACUACGGAUGCUGCGAUGCAUGCACCCAACGCAAUAUCACGUCAUUUAUUUGGACAGUUUCGCAGCUCACCAAAGGCGCCAUCAACCAAUUACCGUCUAUGAAAAGUCUGUCUACUUUUCACUGCUUCUCUACUGCUUAACCCAGAGGCAUACACUACACAUUCCAGUUAAAUGGGUGAUACCCAACAAAGAAACAUAGAAGGAAGGACACACUAAACAAUCUGUAGUAGACACAUUUUGAAUGCACACAUUCCACAAGCUGUAGUUGACACAUUUUGAGAUUAAGUUAAUAACGAGUAACGAGUGGUUUUUAAAACAGAUAAGACUUUAGAGAUAUAUCUAUACAUGUAUAU